AUGAGUGCCAUCGCUCCUAUCCAAUUCCCUGGCCAGCCUCCUACAAACGGCGGCAGCGGCGGAUUUCCGCUCCAACGGAUGCCCCAAGAGCUCAUCUUGGAAAUUCUCCGCCAGAUGGACAACAACAACAUCUCUCUCGUCCCGAUCUCGAAUACUAGCCGACUCAUGAGAGGUCUCAGCAUUCCCAUCAUCUUCCGAGUUUCCCAGAUAAGCUGCGCUGAAGAUGCCCUCGUCGAUCAUGUGAUGUUGGUGUUUCGCAAUAGACUCAUCCUUCGUUCCAUACAAGUACUCAGCAUCUACACAGAAGGUCCGCCAACCUCACGAACCCCCGGCCGCUUUGUUCAGGUCCAAGGCCCCAAGGCUGCCUGCAGACCGUCAACUCCAACGGACAUCAUGUUCCUUAUCGGCGAAUUGGAUAAUCUUCGGGAACUCCGGAUGGACUUUCGAUUCAAGGCAACGUUGUCUCUCAUCAGACCGUUGUCUCGGAUUAUGGAUGCAGUUCAGUGGGAUCUCUCAUUAGUCACUGCGUUGUCUUUCCCCGUCACGACAGACAUCGGCUUCAUUGUAACUGGCUUUCCGAAUCUCCAAGCUUUCAGCUUCGAGGCGCCUUUGAACAAACCACUGUCCUCGAUCGAUGGUCUGAGCGACCUUGCGAGCAUACUUGGACCCCAGCUUGCAUAUAUUCAGAUCUGCAAAAUGCGAUGGGAAGCCAGUGACUUCCAAGAGGUCCAAGCAAUCUUCCCACAGAUAUCUCGCUUGACGAUGGGCGGAACUAUGGCCUUUGGAGGUUCCCCGGUGCGCCCAAGAUGGGAUCUGCAGUUAGCAACUGGACACCUGACGCCCAUGGCCAACCUCAAAGUUCUUGCACUCAGUGAUGAGCGGUGCCAGGCUUCCUCACCUCUGGAUGCGAUCUUGCCAGUUCACUAUCAGGCCUCGACAAUGGCCAAGAAGCUACUCCCCGCAAUCGGUUUCCAUGAUGCUAGAUCCCGGCGGUACGACCAGGCGUGGAGAGUCUGGCAGAACCUUCCUAACUUGGAAGUUCUCUACAUCAUGGACCGAGCUUUUCAGGGGCAUUGCUUUGUUCCCGUCAAAGACAAACAAGGACAACUCAUCGACGUCAAAUUCUCGGAUGGCGUGCAGGAGUUCCCUUGGCCUGUUGUCUGA